CGGGGGGGGGGGGGGUUCCGGUUGUUCCGGAAGUCACUGCUCAUUCACCCGGCGUGCCCCGCGCGCAAUGGACGCGGAGGACCAUGACCUGGAAGGAGAACCUGGUUCAGCAGCUGUGGGCAGCGCAGACGUGAGGCGCUCCAUCCCCAUCAAGCUGAUCUCGGAGCGUGGUGCGGCUGCCUCCCGCUCCGGUGGCCUCCCCUGGGCUAUGUACAAAAGCCCCAGGCACCCAUCCCCCGACAGAGAAGGAACAGGUGAGUAUGCAGAUGAAAGCUUUCGGGUGCAUGAAGAUUAUGGCAGAGAUCACGACAAACAUCCCAAGACCAUCAUAUGGGAUUGUAAGAUUAACAUAUUUGGGAAGAAAGAUGAGAUUCCGGUACAUUUUUGCGACAAGUGUGGCCUGCCAAUUAAAGUCUAUGGUCGAAUGAUUCCUUGCAAGCAUGUCUUCUGCUUCGACUGUGCCAGUCUCCAUGAGCAACGGGGAGACAAAAGUUGCCCAGGGACCGUCGUCUCCGUGUACACCGACCCAAUGGCAAGCGCACUGCCUGCUAGGUCACCCAGGUACACAGCAAGGUGCGUGGACCAGGUGCAGCGCAUAGAGCAGUGCUUGCGUGGCACCGUCUUUCUGUGCAACGUGGUGUCGGGCUGCAAGCGCACAUACCUGUCGCAGCGGGACCUGCAGGCACACAUCAACCACCGGCAUGUGCGGCACACCAAGCCGCAGCAACGGCCCCUCGAGCCGCCACUCGCUGUGGGGCAGAUGCAUCCCAGCGUUGUCAGCGAAGAGCACCAUGUGGUGGCCCCGGGGCCAGGCGUGCACGACCACUACCAGAAGCCACCCAACAUCGCUCACGAUGAGUCGGCUCCCCCUCCACCCGACAUGCCACCCCACCCCCCCAUCGUGCCCUCAUCCGCCGCGGCAGCUGCCGCAGUGGCGGCGGCCGUGGCAUCGGCGGCCGCAGCGGCCGCGGCAGCGGCGGCCGCCCCGUCGCCGCGCUGCGCCCCGCAAGAGAGCUACCGCAUCACCACCAUAACGACGGCGCGCAAACACUGCAACCUCAUCACCGUGCCUAUCCAGGGCCAGGAGGGCGGGCAGGGCCACGGCCCGCCCUCCGGUGGGGGCGGCGGCGCAUACGCCGAAGUGGGUCGCCGCGUGGACUACCCGGCGCAGGCGCCGCCCAACGGCCCCCCGCCGCCACCGCCCCCUCCGCCGCAGCCGCCCCGUCCGCCCCACCACAUGCACUUCGUGGCGCCACCCUCCAUUCCCAUGAGCCACCCGCCGGCGCACAUGGCCUACAGCCAGCCGCCCCCGCCCAUUGUCGGCCAGAGACCGCCCGUGCCCUUCAUGGGCCAGCCGCCGCCCCCGCUGCACUACACGCCGCCGCCGCCCGGCCCGCUCACGCCGCCCUACAGCCAGCCGCCCUCCGUGGGCCUGUGGGGUGCGGCAAGGCCGCCGCCCCCCGUGCCCCCGCCCCCCCGGGGCCCCGUGCCUCCGCCCGGUUCGCUACCCCCAUCCGUAACAGCGCCACCGGAUCAGGCGCGGUACAGGCCCUAUUACCAAUAGUGAGGCUUGUGGGAACGGUGGUGCCACGCGCGUGUGAGUGCCACCGGCCAUAGGGGAUUUUCUAGGGUCUGAAUUGCGCUCCGUGACACUGACACUGAGGGUGGGCGAGCGUGCGGUGUGCUGUGUACCCCCCGCACCCAGUGAUUAAUUGUGGCCACGAUUAAUUGACUUGACCGAAUGCCGCUUAAACAUUGUACUGGUCCUGAGCGGGAUGCAUUUUUUCAUUGACGUUUACUUUUCUUAUGCAUCUUAUUGAUUUUCAAGCUUUUAUGUAAAUUAACAGAACGACGUUUAGAAUUGUAUGAUAUCCAGUAACAGAUUAAAUGUAUUAAUAUUCUUACCUCCUUCAGAAGACUUUUCUCCCUCAGGACCUGGGCAAAUGCACUGGGUUCCCAUGAGAGCCAGGUCAAUGUCUGCAUCUUCCUGCUAACUACAAGUAAUAGAUGGCAUUCAUCUCAUUUGGAGGACCUGAGUUUGCUGUGUAAAUUCCACAUUGCAAUGCCAGUGUCUUGUCUAUCGCCAGUACUCAUUUCUUUGACCCAGCUUGGAAUUAUUUUUUUACUCACAAUCUUUCGAGUUCUUGGUCAGAGCUGUACUGGAAAUUGUAGAACAUAUAAUUAAUGUAAUAAAGUGGUUACUAAGCCAAAGAUUAAAAUACCCCAUUCAAAAUAUUUGGAAUCGCAUGACAGGCGGUGUUUGGCACAACAUAAUAUCUAAACAAUGCUGCACCAGUGCAUAAGGCAUAGAUGGUGAGGUAGAUCAGUGAAAGAAAAUGAUAUAAAAAUGGUUAAAACAGUUUUAGGGUAAACCACGUGUCCAUUUAAUUACCAUUGCUGCACAAGAAUAUACAUUGUUUAGUGUGUUGUCCUGCACCUUUGAUUAUCGUGGUUGGCUAUGUACAACGUACAUACAAAAGAGUAAGUUCCCUUGACGGAGUCUUAAAAUCUACAACUGAUGUUCACAAACUAUAGCUCAAACCACGUGUUUUUUUUUUAACUCCCAACCGACAGGGCUGCAAGCUGGUCAGAAGGUGGCAGCACAAUAAAUCAGUGGCUGUCAGAUUCUUGAGCGUCAUCACCUUGUAUGCAUGCGUUUUUUUUCAGUGUAUUCCAGUUCAUUCCCAUGCAAAAGUUUGCUUUUAAAGGGACAAACAUAUCAACAAAUAGCUCCAUUAGACACUUAUUUGGACUAUUUCUGAGACUCCCUGAUCAAAUUUACAGAUUUUUUUAUAUUCUGGUCUAUUGGACUAUCGUGAUUCUGUAGUGAUAUCACCGCAUGUCCAUUAAUAUGUUUUCACACCUCAAUGUACCUUGUCAUUUUUUUUCUCAAUAAUGAAACCUUAAACUCAUUGGAUACGUAGUUAAUUUUUUGUGAGGCGGCGUAAUGGUCUAACCAAGUCUUUAGAGUUAACCCUUUACCACCCAACAGCCAAACAAAUUAAUUGUCACGUGUACACGAGUUUAAUGCUUCACAUUAUAGUUGGUUUUGGUUCACUGCUAAAUUCAAGUGCAAUCCUCGCAACCAAAGUUGGAGACGACGUUUAAUUUGAAACUACGUCAAACAGCAAAACGAGAUCCAAAAAGUCAAGAUCAAUGGGCUCGUAUAAUGUGCGUUGACUCAUUAACCCCCCCCACUUUGCGCAAGAGCACAAGAGUGUGGUCACCACAUCCAUGCCGCCUCUAUAUAAGGAAUGAAACAGGUGGACUUCACAAAUCUGCCUGUCGCCUGAUGAAGCUAGUUGUAAUUACUGGUGAAACGUCGUACUCGGAGUGUAAAUGUUUUGACUUGGCUCACCAACGCACCGGUGUGCUGUACUAGUGACGAAUUGGCAUGUUCUGUUUAUGCGACAACCCUUACUAGUUGGCUGUGGCGGGUUUAACGAUACAUUUAUAUAUUUACGCGAUCUAACCCAAAAAACGCUAUUAUUGAGAUCCAAAAAGUCGGAG